UUGGGAACCCUCCAGGAGUCCAGAGUAUCCCAGCCUGAGGCACUCCCAGUUUCCUGUCCCCACGGGACUUGGGGGCAAAGGUUACGCGAGAGUUUUGUUAAGAGAUCCGUCCUGUUUCGGUCCAGAGGAAUAACUGGGAAGGAUUCCGGUUCACUGAUGGCUCAGUUGGGAGCUGUUGUGGCUGUGGCUUGCAGUUUCUUCUGCGCAUCGCUCUUCUCAGCUGUGCACAAGAUAGAAGAGGGACAUAUUGGAGUGUAUUACAGAGGUGGUGCCCUGCUGACCUCCACCAGUGGCCCGGGUUUCCAUCUCAUGCUCCCAUUCAUCACAUCCUAUAAGUCUGUGCAGACCACUCUCCAAACAGAUGAAGUGAAGAACGUACCAUGUGGGACCAGUGGUGGUGUGAUGAUCUACUUUGACAGAAUCGAAGUGGUGAACUUCCUGGUCCCGAAUGCAGUGUAUGACAUAGUGAAGAACUACACUGCCGACUAUGACAAGGCCCUCAUCUUCAACAAGAUCCAUCAUGAGCUCAACCAGUUCUGCAGUGUGCAUACACUUCAGGAAGUCUACAUUGAGCUGUUUGAUCAAAUUGAUGAAAACCUCAAGUUAGCUUUGCAACAGGACUUGACUUCCAUGGCCCCAGGUCUUGUUAUCCAGGCUGUACGAGUGACAAAGCCCAAUAUUCCUGAGGCAAUCCGCAGGAACUAUGAAUUGAUGGAAAGCGAGAAGACGAAGCUUCUCAUUGCUGCCCAGAAACAGAAGGUGGUGGAAAAGGAGGCAGAAACAGAGAGGAAGAAGGCCCUCAUUGAGGCAGAGAAAGUGGCUCAGGUUGCAGAAAUCACCUAUGGGCAGAAAGUGAUGGAAAAGGAGACAGAGAAGAAGAUUUCAGAAAUUGAAGAUGCUGCAUUUCUGGCCCGGGAGAAGGCGAAGGCUGACGCUGAGUGUUAUACUGCUCUGAAAAUAGCAGAAGCAAAUAAGCUCAAGCUGACUCCGGAAUAUCUGCAGCUGAUGAAGUACAAGGCCAUUGCGUCCAACAGCAAGAUUUACUUUGGCAAAGACAUCCCCAACAUGUUUAUGGAUUCCGCAGGUGGUCUGGGCAAGCAAUUUGAGGGGCUGACUGACAAGCUGGGUUUCAGCUUAGAAGAUGAGCCCCUAGAGGAAACCACAAAGGAUAAUUGAAAAAAAAAAUGUAUACAUCCUCUGAUUGUGACGCUUAGAGAGAGCUUUAUUUUUUAAGAUGAAACCGAAUGUUCCUCCUUCCCGCACUACCUUCUUUGACUCUUCAAGUUACUGUGGUAAAAAGGAAGAUGUGGACAUAAAUCUACCCCUUCUGGGAAGGGCAAGCAGAUGGAGAAUUGUUUUUUAGUUUUAUUUCUGAUUCAGGUAAGUAGGUUGUAUGACUUCUGGUAAGGUGUGUACACCAUGGAUUCGACCUCUGUUCUGCAGGCACCAACCUUGUCCCUUUGAAGCUGGCUUAACUGGGGAAACUAUUAAUAAGAAGCGGGAGAUGUGUGGCUGCUGCUUCCUCGUGGUUUGAAAACGUGCUCCACGGUGCUCUCCUUGCCUCUAACGUAGGCAGUGUCUGCAUGUGGGACCCCCGCCGACCAGGCCUCUGCUGUGGAGCGUCAGCUGCAGAGAGAAGUGUUCUGCCACUUUAUUUUUACAGCGGGAUGGGUUAUUUUAGAGCUAAGCUGGGUUGAGCCCUCCUUAGGAAGAACCUGGUGCUAGGUUUUUGCAAGAUUUUGUAUACACUGUACUUUUGCCCUAGUGUUUUCUGACUGCAUCUCACCGCAGCAGGGCUCAGUCACUCCACACACUCCUUUUUCAGAAUGUUCACCUGAUCUGUGAUUUGAUUUCUUCUUGAAUCAUCUAUCCAUUAGUUCCACUCUGCAUCAAGAUGGGAGCAGACAAGUGUUGUACUAGCUGAUGAAGCAGGCUCCUUGUACCUGUCAGCCACUGUACUGCUGUUUGGCAUUUAUGUGUAUACUUUUAAGAGCAAAAUGUCUUUAUCAUUGUGGAGAUUCUUCCUUGAAGAGCUCUUGACACUGUGGAGAGAAAGGGCCAGCCAGUAAACAUCCAAGUAGUAGUGCCUAUGCCUGUGCUGGGAGUUAUGUGACACACUGAGAAAGGGAUCUCCUAAGUCCAGACAGCAGGCGCUGCUUGGGAGUGAACGCCAGAGCAGCUGCACAGAUGCAAGUCAGAGUUGAUGCCCAUGCCCCUGGGGCUGCAUUGAGUCCCCAUGUUGUGUUUUUCAUUGCUAGUGAGGAAAACAAUGAGUCACCCAAGUAUAACAAAUACAAUGGGAAGAACAAAUAGAAAGGUAUUUCUUAGAUCCUGAAAUUGGCCUAGGUGGGGGCAGGGCUGCAACUUGUAUGCCUGUGAGUGCUGCACAGAAGGCCUUUGUGGAGGGCCUUUUAUGCAGAGUUCAUUUACCGCCAUGCGGUACCCUGUGUGCCCAUGCCUAGCUUCAGCUUAGGACAUGGCCUUAUUAGCUGUCCCCACACCCUUCCCACACACAAAGCACUUACUGUCAUCUUUUAAGUGAAUACUAGAAAUGAUAUUUUCUGGCAUUUCUCAUUCUUGGUUCUAUACGGCAGGCCAGUUCGCUUCUAAGUGACUGGCAGUAAAUAGGCUUGUCAAGUGUUUGGGUAGCAUUUAGCCUGCCUAAAAAGAAGCAACGUGUUAAUUCCGCCUACUUUGGAUGUUGCCCUUGUCUGUUCAAACUCCUCAUACUGAGACUUCUCAAGCCACUGGUCCAGGUCACAGUUUGUACAGACUACAAAAUGUUUCUGGAAGGCAUAGAUUUUAACAUGCUCAAAAGUUCUUGCAAACUCUUUCGGGUUUUUUUUUUCUCACCAAGAUCAACUCCCACUUUCUGCUGCUAACCACUUGUUGAGAGCAGCAUGCUGUACCCAGCGUCCCCUCUUCCUCCUGAGCCUCAGAAAAACACUAUUUCCUUGGAGUCAGUGCAGGAGUAAGGGUAUGUCCCAAACAGCACCCUCUUAGUCUGAAAGUGUCUGCUACUACCAUUCAGAUAGCUCUACCCUUGCUCACAAAGAGCCUCAAGAAAGUCCUGCUGCAAGUGCUGCUUCCCUGCCCCUUGAAUGUCACUUCUUUAAACAAAGCAUAUGAAUGUUCCCAUGUCAUUAACAUAAAUUCAGUAGUUGUCAGUAUCUGUCCCAGCAGUAAAAUCAUGGAAUUCAGCUCUCUUUUUUAGCAUGGGAUACCUAACCCAUCUGUCUGUGUGACUUUGUUUUUUGUAAUACUAGAAAAAAAGUGAUUGUAAAGCAUUUAAAUUCUAAACAUGUAAAAUGUGAUAAGCCUACAGUUUUGUAGGCAGUAAAGUCAUGGCUGCUAUUUAUAUAGAGAACUUCUAUCAAAAUAAGUUACUGUUUGUAAAAUUCAGUUUUUGUAGGAUUUUCCCAAGGCACAGCCACCUUGGUAGAAUGUUUCUCACUUAACUUUGCAGAAGCUAUUCAUACUUGGGAGAGUUUUUAAUCAUUUUUCAAUAUAUGGUCAGAAUGUUUGUAAGAAAGCCUAAGCUUAAUAAUUUUUUAUAGCUAAAAAUAGAUGUAGAGGAAUCAGUAUGGUUACUGAGUUGAGGGCACCACUGAAUGAGACUAUAAUACAGUUAUCUAAAAAGGGAGCUGUUUCAUACAUGAUGUGUGGGUAUGUGUGUGUCUUGUGCUGACCUGAACUACCACAGGGUGGAGUUUGGUAAACUAUACCUUGACAAAUAGCUGCUCUGCCUGUAAACUUCACCGACUUUGCUUGUUUCCCUAUAAAAUCUGUAAUGGGCAAUCGUGUGUUUGUACUUCCAUUCCUUUUUGUCCCUAAUUCUGUGUAAACUGGUGAUUGCAUAGUCAAAGCAAUUUUUCCAGUGUGCCCCGAGGUCAUUAGUGAGUCUUUAUAACUGAAAAAUGAUUCUUAUUCUGUUAAUCAUUCCACAAAUGAUACUACUAGAUUAAUUACCUUGGGUUACUAGCUCCAGGAAUUGUUAGACAUCGCAAAAAGUCUCAUGUGAAUAUACUUAACAUUUUGGAUUUAAUUUCUGUCUUGCUAAAUAAAAUGUCUUUGUCUUUA